GAACUACAGCUCCCAGAACCCAAGCUGCGCGGUUACAGGGCAGGACUGUUGCUCAUCCAGAAUUGAACAUAGCGGUUUUCAGUGACUGACGGAAGGGAGCGGAGUUCACAGAAAUGACAGAAAGGGUUAACAACUUCCCCCCGCUGCCCAAGUUCAUCCCGCUGAAGCCCUGUUUCUAUCAGGACUUUGAGGAGGAUAUCCCUGCAGUCCACCAGCAGCUGGUCAGAAGAGUGUAUUACCUCUGGAUAUUGUAUUCAAUCACGCUGGGCGUGAAUCUUGUCGCUUGCCUUGCCUGGUGGAUUGGGGGUGGGAGUGGAGCUAAUUUCGGGUUGGCGUUUGUGUGGCUGAUCCUCUUCAGCCCCUGCAGUUAUGUCUGCUGGUUCCGGCCGCUCUACAAAGCUUUGAGGGCUGACAGCUCCUUUAACUUCAUGGCCUUCUUCUUUGUCUUCGGGGCGCAGUUCGUGUUGGCAGGGAUCCAGGCUCUGGGGAUCUCUGGCUGGGGAGCCUGUGGGUGGAUCGCGGCAGUCAUGUUUUUCAGCACCAAUAUCGGCUCAGCCGUGGUGAUGCUCGUGUCGGCCAUCAUGUUCACCGUGGUUACCAUCAUGAUGGGCGUGGCACUGUUUAGGGUGCACAGGAUGUAUCGUGGAGGGGGUGGAAGCUUCCACAAAGCGCAGGAGGAGUGGAGCAGCGGCGCGUGGAAGAACGAGCGAGUCCGUGAGGCUGGGUUCCAGGCCGUGUCCGGGGAGGGGAACACCCUGCCACAGUAUCCCACUCCCAUCCCGAGCUACCCCUCUGACGAGCGCUGGUCCUAAACACCCGCACCCCCUCCCCAAACCCUGUGAACCACCAGACUUACAAAGCGGCUUCCCGAAACGGGUCGUUUUUAAGCACUUUUCACUUGGCGGCCCAAAUUGAGAUUCUUUUAUAAUCCGGUGAAAAUGUAUUGCUUAAAAAUCUCGUGCAACAAGUUUAAUCAAUCAAUCAAUCAAUCGAUUCCUCUAUUUUAAACAGGUUAAUUUAUUUAUUUAUUUUUUUAAGUUCUCAAUUUUUCAGCAAGUUCUCAUUUACAAUUAGUGACCUGGCCAAGAAAUCCCCAAACUGCAGCAAAGAUGAGAUGGAAUUAUCAUCCAUUGUAAAAAAAUUAAAAACACUAACAAAAUAGCAAUAAGAAAAUCGCUUGCUGAGCUGCAAGAAGUUGCCCAGGUGUUCUAUGGUCUUUAAAUUCCCAGAAUCUGCAAAAAAAACAAACAAAACACAAAUCUACAGCCCCAGCAGUGGGGUAAGAGACACAGGGGCAGUUUGACAGCCCUCGAUUGGUACUGUUCAGUUAGACAAGGCAGCCCCAGAUGAGUGCUAUUCAGGGUCUGUGAAAGCAGCUGUCAGACUGCCAACUGUUUAACAGGCUUUGCAAUGAGCAUCAUCAUGCCUUCGCUGCACUACACAUAUCGGAGCUGCAACUCAGACCCUGUCCACACUAUCUACAGAAGGCAUGAUCGUUACAUUCACAGUUCAGUAUUUGGGUGGCAUGAACAGUGCAUGUGCUUCUAGUGAAGUCUGGAAUGGCUCCACUGCUAUGCAACAGUAAGAUAUUACUUGGAUACUCUUGGAUUGUUUUUUUUUUUUUUUUUUGUGGCAUUAUUUUUAAUUCGGGUGGAUAACCUUCUUUCCAAAUGGUUUACGUUUCAUAUAGAACCGGAGAUGCAUGUCUGGUUUUUUUCAUCUUGGUGCUGCAGUGUGUUGAGUAACUUUUCAUUUUCUAUGUAAACUGCAAUUGCCCCCUGCAAAAAAAGUGCAAGAGGUUAUUGCCUUUGACUUAUUUUUUUAAAAAUCAUUGCUAGAUCUCUUUUGCAAGAAUAUAACGGGACCAGUUAGGCUUUAUUAUGCAGACCUAUUUUAAAGGGGACCUAAUGCAGUCAUAUCCAGAGAACAGUUCUGUUUGCCAUGUUUAUAUCUCAUCCUCAGAGCCAACCUGCUCCUCCCAAAAGAGAUAUCUGUGUGCUUUAUAAAACUGAGCUGUCUGACUUGGUGUGAGAUAGUGUAGCUAGAAUAAUAAAACCUUGCUCUGCAUACAUAUAUAUAUAUUUUUUUUCUACAAAUACAAACAUGUCAGUGGUUUGAACAGCAGUGAAGCUUAAUAUACAUCACAAAGCACUAACACAGAUCACUCUCAGCUGUAUAUUGAUUGUAAUAAAUCACACGGGACACAGACGCAGGCUUGGAAAUGACUCCUGUUGCAUAGCAGUUUCACCCAUUCCAGGUUUUACUAUGAGUUUGAUUAGCCACAGUGUAGGUAACUAGUUCAGGUUUGUCUUACUAAGCAAAACCAGGAUUGGAUCAGACUGCUAUGUAGUGGGAGUCUUAUUUCCAUGCCUGUCCAGAUCUUUAAAAUAGCCUCCUAUUACUGUCUUACUGGGCUGUUGAAGGAAAUCAAAGCUCCCAGCAGCUUGAAUGGCAUUCUUCUUGUACUGAAUUAUUGGGAAUGAAGGUACAGCCCCCUUCUUCUUAACACUCCUCCAACAUCCCCUCUCCUUGAGACACAAGGUGGAUCAGUAAGGGACCAGACUGGUUUGUACAGUGCUUUGCAGAGUCCACACUGUACUGGUUUUAAAUCCCUGUAAAAGAAGGCAGGGUGGUGCAAAAACCUGAACUGGUUUUGUUUUUGUAGCGCUGAAAAUGUGACUCUCAUCUGCUUGGAGAUCUUUCUUUUUUUAGUUGGCUGAUGUGCAGAAAUCUUGAUGUAAAUAAAAGGGUGAAAUCAGAAUGGCAUUGGGAACCGUUUCUAGCAGCGCUGGUGCCUCCCAAGAGCUUGCGUUAAUGACAAUUGCAUUUAAUUACGCCUAAUUAGACAAUCAUGUGAUUCACGUGCAAACCCCUGGGUCAGGUGUGGUUCCAUGAACUAAAUUCUAAUUUCCAUCACUAGCAUGAGUUUGUAGCAUCUUAGAUAGACAGAUAGAUUUAGUGUGAGUGAUUUUAGUUCCUUUACUGGUUUGUGACAUGACUGAGAAUUGAUCAAGUGUGUUGACUACAUGUGCUUUUGUCACUUGUCUUAAUUUAAAGCAGUGUAACACAGUGGAGUGAUAUGAGCCCUUUGAUGGAGCCUCUCUUAAUUGAUUUGGGCUGCUUCGCCGACCCAUAGACUACAAACCCCUCUUGCCAAAAUGUGCCAAUUAAUGCCUGCUGAGCUGCUUCUUGGUGUGCUGAAACAGUGCUGCAGCAAAUAAAAAAGGGGGAUUUAUUUUUUUAAAUGUUUAAUAUCCACGGUGCAUGACAGAGUGUUAUAUUGUAUUUUCUUAAUCUGCAUUAAGGUGGGAUUGUUGAGUUAAAUUGUAUUGUUGACUGGCUCUACUGGAUCUACACUCAAUAAACAUUCCUUUGUCCCAGCA